AGUACAGUUCAGUCGUCUGCAUGGAAUGUGGCUGAUCAGCUGUCAGAUUUUGAAAAAAUAUUAUUGUUUUCUUGUCAAAGAAUGAAAUAGUAGGAUUAGUAGGUUCAAUUUUAUCACCUUUGAAUUUAUUUUUUAUCUCAGAUUCACCGUUUCUCCACUUCUGGUUUUCAAAUCAACUUUUUUGGUACAAUAAUUCUUUGAAAUGUCUGCAACUCCAGAAAAUCGCCCAGAGCUGUAUGAAGAAGUCAAACUAUAUAAUAACGCUAGACAAAGAGAGAAGUUUGAUAAUUUGGCGGACCUUUAUGCAGUCAUCAACACAUUGCAACAAUUAGAGAAGGCAUACAUCAGGGAUUGUGUCACGCCCAAAGAAUAUACAGGUGCUUGUAGCAAACUGUUGGUGCAAUAUAAGGCAGCAUUCAGACAAGUGCAAAGUGAUGAAUUUCCAGCAGUUGAUGCAUUUGUGAAAAAAUAUAGAUUGGAUUGUCCUGCAGCUUUGGAACGAAUUCAUGAAGACAGACCUAUAACCAUUAAGGAUGAUAAGGGCAAUACAAGCAAAUGCAUAGCAGAUAUAGUCUCACUUUUCAUUACUAUCAUGGAUAAACUAAGAUUAGAUAUACGAGCAAUGGAUGAUUUACACCCUGAAGUCAGAGACUUGGUGGAUACAAUGAACAGGCUCAGCAUUUUACCAUCAGAUUUUGAAGGCAAACAGAAAGUUGUGGAAUGGCUAGCUACUUUGAAUUCCAUGCAGGCCUCUGAUGAAUUAUCUGAGUCUCAAGUGAGACAGUUGCUAUUUGAUCUUGAAGGCUCAUAUGCUGCCUUCAAUAGGGUACUUCAUAAUUCUGCUUGAAGAAGAUGGUAGAGUUUGAACAGGUUGUUUAUAUUGAAAUUAUUAUGACCCCAUGUUAUUGUAACAGUAGGUGAAGUUGAUAUCUAGAGUCUAAGUGAACCCAGCACAUCCAUAGAUCUAGAUAAAAGAAUUUUUAUAUGAACACUUGCUGAUUUAUUAAUUCUACUCUUUAAUUUAGAUAAUAAAUUACAAUCAUUGUUGUUUACAUCUGAGGAGACCCAAGCUCAGUCACCACAAUAAGCAUGAUAUUGCAAUUUUGUUAUUGGUUUAUAUCUACAAGUACCACUGGUUAAUAUCACUCAGAUGGCACAAUUUAAAGGUAAUUUGUAUCAUCCAAACAGAUAGUGAUAAUGUAGGACCUAAUACUACUUAGUUGAUGUAAAGUUCCUAAUAUAAACCAGUUUUUCACUAGUAAGUAGAUAUACCUAUUAUUGAAAUGGAUCAAUUUUCAUGUUGUGGAUGACCUUGUGGUAAAGCUAGACAAAGAUUACUCAACUUUAGGAUACCCAUCAAGAAUGUUGAUCUUAUCUUAAAACUACAUGAGCCUUUAAAUGAAAAAGACUUACUGAAUAGUCAAGAUGUAAAAAAGUUGUCCUAGUCUUGUUUCAACAUAAUAUUAUGAAUGAGACAUGAAAAGUUUAAAUAUAGCACAUUAGACGUUUCUGGUGAACCAGACACCAUAUCCUUUCAUAAAUUUGAUGGAGAGCAUGUUCCCAACCCAACUCGAAUAUUUUAGACAAUGCAGUGUUGCCACUUUUAUUAGAAAGUAGUAGCA